UGAGUGGUUGUCUGUUCUCCUAGUUUUGAUGUCUCUGCAAGUUCAUAUUAAUCUUCUGACACCGCUUCGAAGGAUUGGUUUUGUUCAUAACGCAAACUGUUUCCCUUUUCAUUUUCACCAUGCCGGAACCUCUACCUUACUCUCUUUUCCCUCUUUACCACCACACACCAAUUUUUGCUUUCGUCCAUCAACAACCGUCAUCUCCGCCAUGACGGCUGAGCAGCCACCUGAGCCUCCAUUGAGGAUGGUGGCUGUUUUUGGCCAUGGAACAGUCAGCCCUCUCAAGUCUGCAUCCUGGGAAGAAGUUAUGCUUCACACUGCAAAAAGAUUGAAAUGGGUUGAUGAAGGAUAUGAACUUCUUGUAUUUACUGAUGAAUGUAUUCAAUCUAAUGGACAAAUGGCCAUGAAACUCCAGAGAGAAUUACUAACGGCUGAUAUAUUGGUUAUUGUUGCUGUUACAAACAAAGAAUCAAUCAAGUGGAUUGAAAUCAACAGCCAAAGUAUUGAAAAUGUAAUAUGCUUUGACUCUUCACCAGAUUUGAAGAACAAAUUAGGAGGCUAUGAUGUUCACAGUGAAGUGAGAGGAAAUAUAUUUGGAAAUCUGUUGGGAAAUUCUCAUUUAGAUAAAACUAAAGAGUCAUAUGAAGUAGUGAGAACUGUAUCUGAAGCAUGGGAUCGACAUAGUUCUGAUGACAUAAGGUUCUGUUUGCUGGUGCUAAUCAAUGCUUAUAUAAGACCAGUUCCAGUGUUGAAGAACUUGAGAGCAAAGGGUUUUUCUACCCUGAACUGUAUGUUGAGGAACUGUGGUCGUCAGGUACUUAACUGCUUGUUGGAUCCCAAUUGUAGAAAAGCUCUUCAAUGCUUGAAUCAGUGUAGCCCUGUUGAUCAAGUAUGUAACUAUCGAUGUAUUGCUUCAUAUGAAAGUGAAAUUUUAGAAGCCUUUUCACUUUGUGUAUUACAGAAAAACAACUGUCUUGAGUUGGAAGCAGAAGUCCCUGACAAGCCAUAUGUGCCGUCAAUGGUUAAGUUUCGGGGGCAGAACUUAAGUUAUGAAAUGGCAGAAGAUUUGUUUGUAGGUUGGUUGGGGAGUCUGCAAUGGAGCUGGCGGGUUUUAGCAGGGCAGAAUCCAGCAUAUGAUCAAUUUCCAUGCCAAUACCAGCUAUUCUAUAGGGGAAAGGCAAAAGGGUCAUUUUGGUAUGAACCAGUAUUUCAGGUAAAAACAUUAGAAGGCCAAAUGGUAUGGAGGAGGAGAAAAUAUAGGGUUAAAAGGGGUAAGAUACCUGGUACAUUCUAUUUCAGUGUAUUAGAUAAUGGAGUUGUUUCAAAUGAGUUUUGGACAAUUGUGGAUGUAGCUGAUGAUCUUAGUUGGGGUUUGUUCCACUAUCAUGGAGCUGCUCGAGCUGCAGGACAGUCUUAUACUGGGGCAGUACUUGUUAGUCCAGAUGGAGCAUUUCCAAAUGAGAGAGAGCGGACAAGAAUAGUUGGUGCACUAGAGAAAUGUGGGAUUAAAGAGUGGGAGCUAUACUUUGUUGACAAUUGUUCAUGCAUAGAUCCUCCUUUGGGAAUUCCAGAGGGUUCAAGUUUACAUGCUAUAGUCCAUAUUGAUGAUCCAAAUUGGAUUCCCGUCUGAUUGAUUGUUAGUGCCCGAAACAUAUAAGAAUUUGUAAUAUUCUCGUUCUGGUUACAUCCGGCAUAUCUCUAGGUUCAAUGUUUAAUGCAAAUUAGAUUUAUUCUGUUGCUGCUCACUGUCGCGAAGUUGCUGAGUUGAAAUCACCUGGUUGCCAGUGCCUAUGAAGGAAACAUGUAUAUCAUAUAGUUCUAGGUUGCAUGUUGAAACGUGAUUCGUAGAUUGGAAGAGGGGAACUAAAGUUUACCUCGAUUAUGUGAAACGAACAGAUUCAAGCAUGUAUGUUUUAUAAAAAAUGAAGUAUCAUUAUUGACUUUCUAUAUGAAUAUCU